UCUGACAGUGUCAUUUUCAAUAUUCUUGGUUGCUCCAGUCCAGUUUAAGACAAAAUCUUUUUCAUCUUUCGCUGUUUUUUGAGUUGUUUUCAGUUUCUUUUUAGCUAUAGACCAAUAUCUUUCGAUCAAUACCAUGCUCUUCUAAGGUAGCAAUCGUCGCCCUGGCAUAAUGAGAAGUGGCCAAAUCUGGCCGAAACAUCGUUGCACCAUUCUGUUUUUGAAUGAAGGUGUAGGUAAGCAGAGAAAAAUGUUGUGCCUCGGUGGGAGUCGAACCCACGUCUCUAUGCUUUCCGGGCAAGUAACUUUACCCUGGACCACGAAACCACUUAGGGUACCAAUCUUUUUUUUUAAACAUACUUUAAUAUAUACUUCUGCCGAAAUAGUUCCUUUAGUAACAAAUUAUGAAAACCUCAAACCGCACUGACAAAUGGCCUGCCAUACCAAGUAUUUAGUACCAAAUUUGUCCAUAGCAAUGGAAGUCUCAGAUUCUGAAAGAAUUUCUCCUUCAAAUGGUGUAUAAUAACUAGGCCCUGGCAAUGUCGUCCGUUUUGACAUACGUUUCGUCAUCCAAAACGAGACAACAAUUUUUUUAACAAAUUAAUAAGUACAGCUUACGGGCUCUAGUUUUAAUUACUUUACGCUGUUUUCCCGACACUUUUGGUAUUUUUUGUUUCUUACGAGUUUUCAUACUCGCACGCUGUUUAGCUCUUUGCACCAUACCUUCGUUCGUACGGCAUUUUUUUGCCACAUCCCUAACAGACAUGCUGCGAUUCUUGCAGAUGGUUUUAACAAUUGUUUUUUAUCCAUUUGUCAAUUAUUUUUUUCCUACGCUCUAAUUCACACAUUAUUUUCAAAAGAAAUAUCAACAAUGUGAUUGAGCUGGUAUCACGAAUUAAUAUUUUGAAUAUUUAGCAUUGUUGCUAUGGCAACUCCGCAACAAAUAAGCAAAAGAACAGCCUGCUAUGAUGUUUUGAAAUUUACAGUUUUUGAUCAUAACACUCCUUAUUUAAUUUUUCUAAUUCUACUCAGAUCAUAGUGAAUGGAAGAAAAUGAAGUUACUUUUGUACAAUUAUGUUUUCGCGAGUGUGUUAAUUUCAGCCGAAGUGUUAACAUUAAUUAAAGAUAAGAGUAUCACGUGUGUUUUAACAGAUAAUUCUGUUAACUCCACUAUAUACGUAAUAAAUUCCGAUGACCUUGUAAAACUUGAACGGACAAUUCAUGAAAUAACCACUAUAUAUGACGAUGAUUGGCAAUGGAGUAAGUUGAGUGUUAACUUUCGGCCAGUACUUGACCAACGUUGGACAAAUUUUAGGCCAGACACUACAGGUGUCAGACUUGAAAACCGAUUCUCAUUAUGUUUCAAACAACAUUCGAACAUUCUUUUACAUGACAGAAGUUACCAACACUCUACAAACAUACCACUACGACAUUUGCAUCGCCCCUACUCCGCUUGUCAGUGGCGACACUACGAAAUAAUGAACAAUCUUACACAUGUGAGUCUAGUCAACUCUGAAAACAACAAUGUUAUUAAUGUAACAAAACUGGAAUUCUACCCGGUUUGGCUAAAAUUUUCUCCAUACAAUUUAAAUAUUAAAGUACAUAAAUAUGAAUUUCGAUACUCUACAACAACCAGCACAAAACCAUCAUACAUUAACAUAACAUCUAUGAGCUGCGUCUCUUUUUAUGUUUCUGUUGAUGAAGGAUGUUACCUAGACAUUUCGGUACAACCAGCAAACAGCAUUACAAAAAUAACUGGAUUUAACGAAAAGAACAAAUUAAAACAGUGGAAAAAAUACGAAAUAAGGACUGAUCCUAAAGCGAUUAAUCAAACGCUUUCGAUUGACAGAGGACGAGACGACAACGGUAACGAAGGUUAUUGGACAAUUGAUGGUAUAUACGGUUGUAGUUCCGAAACAGUUAUUUAUCGAGCAAACUUGAAUAGAUCCUGGACUAACCAGAAGUGUGGGGAACUAAAACAAACGAACUCUUCAAAUGAACUCUGCGACAAAGCCUCUCUAGGAGAAAAAUGUAAGAUUAAAUGCCUUGAAGUUUUGGGACCGAAAUAUCCCAAUUGUGAGGAACAUCGAAUAUGUUUGUCAGAAAAUAAAUGUCACUGUGCCUGGGGUUUCAAGGGAGAAAAUUGUAGAGAAGAAUGUGGAGAAGAUUCUUGGGGAUUAGAUUGUUUGAAAAAUUGUACUAACUGCGAAAAAUGUGAUAAGAAAACCGGAUGUCAAAAAUGUAAGGCACAGUACUUCGGGGAACAAUGUGUGUAUAAAUUUCCCGUCGUGAAAAAGGCACCUAUUUUAGAACCUAGUGACGACGAGUCGAUAAAAAUUUUAACAAAUAUUGAAUAUGGACAAGACGAAGAGAAGGCAGAACAUUAUUAUAUUCAAUGGAGAAAGCUUGACAGCAACGAUGGGUUCGAAAAUUACACAGACCACCAAUUCCCUAUUGCAAAAAAUAAGGAAUCGUUUUCAAUAAAUAUUUCGCGGAAUGAUUCUUAUCAGUUUAGAAUAAUAUUGGUUAGCCAUAAUUCAUCUUUUCAACAAGAUACCAUCCCGAAGUUAACCGUAUACAAAAAAUCUUUGACUGCACAUGUGAAACACGAAGAAACCAUCGUAUUAAACUGGAUUAAACAUGACCCAGAUGAAACUAUGUACAAGAUAACACACAGGUGUCAAAAAUCAUUUUGCGGCCACGAAGCAAAGGAAGAAUAUAACAUGACAUCUACAACAACUAUUGCACUAACUAUUAAACACUCCAAAAUAUGCAGCAUCAAAUUGUUCAUUAUAAAAGAUGGAAGCGAUGAAUUCAAAGAGCAAACAACUGUGAUACCUCAAAAUUCAACGAAAGAAAUACUUCCCGCUGAAUUACCAGGAAAUGUUACCUUCCUGAAAGAUCAAAUCGUCCUCGAAUUAAACAAAUGCCACAAUUUUACUGGACCCUUGAAAUAUUCAAUUGAACUUAUAUGCAUAAGCGAGUGGUGUACAAACGAAUCUACGAAAAUUGAUCCGUAUCAUUUACUAAAUUACUCAACUAACAUUACUAGAGAUGUAAAGGGUUUAUCACCUUUUACGGAUUACAGUAUCAUAGUAAUUGCGAAAAGGCCUGGUCAGCAUGACAAAAAACAAAGUUAUUUAACGAAGUCAAUGCCGUCAGCACCACAACCAGUAAAUACUUUACAUUUAUAUUCUAGUGACGAAGACACUUUAUUUAUAACAUGGACGGAACCCUUUCCACCAACAGGAAAAAUAGAAGCGUACAAUGUUACUCUCAGGGAUCACACGUCAAUUCUUGUUCGAACGAACUGCAAAAUGUGGCCCGAAUUUCAGUGCACAAAUAUACCUCGGGGAAAAAAAGUUAGCGUUUACCACGUGACGGUUCAAGCCAAAAACUACGAAGUUGCCGAAUGGAGUGAGUCCAAUUUUACUAUAAAUGUCGAAAAUGUAACUCAAGCACCUCAAAAUUUGCGGAUCGAAUUGAGUCCACAAUCAACGGACGAAGUGAUACUCAGAUGGGAGUACCCACUUUACACAUAUGGAAAAAUUGAAAAAUUCCGUACAGUACUACACAACAGCAGUGGGACAGAAAAUAGUACGAUUCCAGUUUUCAAUGAGAUAAACUAUAACAAAACUAUUAAAAUCAAGUAUGGUAUUAAAUACAAGUUCACCGCAUGGGCACAAAACGCUCAUGAUGGUGAAAAAGCAACGAUUUAUUUCGUAAUCUCUAAACCCAUUUCUAAAUUGUCCAAUCAAAGUUUUAUAUUAUGGUGUAAAGAAAAAUGUCAUUUAGUAAAACCAAAAUUAACAACACAAGAAAAUACAAGUUACAACAUUACAAUAAAACAACAUAAUGGAACCAAAACGGAACACGAGGCGAAAGAAUCAAUUUCUCCUUCGGAAGAUAAAAUUCUUUGCACUGAAAAUAGCCCAUCAUGCGAAAUCCAUUCAGAAUUCCAAGACGUGGCAAAUCAAUCUUAUUUUCUACAAACAGACAGUGAAGAAAUUCCUAUCGAAUUUACAGCUACUGCAGAAAGCAAGAUUAUAUCAAAAACAAAUAUUAUUAUUUCGGCAGUUGUACUAAGUGUAAUCCUUCUCUUUGCCUUACUUGUAGGGAUAUUUUAUUAUAGUUGUAGAUACAUACUUAAAUCUAAAGUUUCAAAAGCCACUGAAAUGAUUGAAGUUAAAGAAAAAGAAACAUUAAUCAACACAAGUAACCAAACAAAGAUUUUCUUUCGGCCCGUGGACAUUAAUGAAUAUGCAGUUUACCUUUUUGCGUCAUUACGGGACGAUACUUAUCAAAGUGUACUUACACAACAAUUUCAGGAGGUAACAACAAGAAAGGCUACAGAUUGUAUCCACGGCCGGCUAAACAAAAACCUCCAUAAAAAUCACUACAAGGAUAUUUUGCCAUAUGACGACACGAGGGUUAUUUUGAACGAUAACGAAAAUGAGGACUACAUAAACGCAAACUACGUUGAUGGUUAUGAACAUCCGAAAGCAUACAUCGUUACUCAAACUCCUUUAACGUCUACCGUCCACGACUUUUGGUCAAUGAUAUGUCAAGAAAACGUAAAAAUAAUAGUCAUGUUGUGCAAGCUGGAAGAGAAAGAGUGCAGUAAAUGCCAAAAGUAUUGGCCAAACGAUUUUUCCCACUUUAGGUUCGGAUCGUUCUUGAUAGAAUGUGUUUCCGUAACGCAAAACUUGAAUUACAUCCAUCGGAUCCUUGAGGUGAAAAAAAAUAAUAAGACUCACAGAGUUCAGCAUUUGCAGUACCUUACCUGGACUAUUCAAGGCAUACCCUCGUGUGUUAAAACCUUUACUGCUUUUGUAAAGGAGUUAAUGGGAUUACGGGAUGAAUAUCCUGUUGUCGUUCAUAGCGAAGGAGGUUGUGGAAGAACAGGAAUGUACAUUUUAUGCGACAGCGUCAUAAGAAUGAGCAUGAAAGAAAAAAAGGUCGACUUUUUUCAAACGCUAGGUAAGAUGAGAUAUCAAAGAGAUCGUGUGGUGAGUAAUGUGGAUCAAUACAUUUUUUGCCACUUUGUGCUGUUGGAAUUUUACUUUCCUGCUUCGAACGCGUCGAAUAAUUUUGUGCUGGAAAUUCAACAAGGUAUGCAAGAAACUGCUAUAAAACGUCUCGUCGAUCGCUUAGACGAAGCUGUAACACAACCCCGUAAUGACAAAGAUAAAGGUUUUAUGAUUUCUGAAGACAACAGUUCUUCUAACAACAUGAGCCCUCUAUCUGUGGACUGCUUUAAUUUUCCCAGAAGAUUCAUUGUAACAGAAGAACCUUCACAAAAUACUUUACGCAGUUUCUGGAAUCUAGUUCUAAGCCACGAAGUCGAGAUAGUAGUAUGGUUAAAUGGAACAAAUCACAACUACAAGGACUAUUCAAGAUUCUGGCCUAAAGACACUCUUCACUGGUUUGUUAACGAAUCAACUAAGCUCGUUUUCGUUUGUCAAGACGACAGUAAUGAUAUAUACAACACAAUCACUGUCAAAAUCGAUACAAUUGGAAAGUCUGAAGAAAAAUUCGUUAAAAUCUUAUACGUUAAAACUUGGGAACGUACAAAUGCUACGCCUUCGAGCACGAAAGACUUAAUUCAAAUUUACGACAAAAUUGCACCAUACAACGGGCAAAUUGUUGUCACGUGCUACGAUGGAACAACAGCUAGCGGCCUUUUUGUAGUAUUGGUUUCAUUGUUGGAAGAAAUUAAUAAGCAUCGUUCUUGCGACAUUUUUGAGGCCGCCUACACCGCCAAACAAAGCUGUGCUGAGUUUUUAAAAAAUACUGAACAAAUCAGAUUUCUCUACAUGGCAGUUUUGGAAUACGUUCGCGAAUUUAACGUUUAUGAAGUUCUAUCAUAGAUAAAUUAAGUUGAUGUUUAACUCGUUUAUUAUACCUAUACCGAAUGACUAUUAAUGAUUGUGAUCUUUUUGUCAGGUUGGCAAGCUAUUUAAAAUUUUAUGAUGGUACAUCUGACCGUCAAAGUGAAAUUUAUGACAAUUGCCAUCAUUUCCACCAAUCAACACGUUUGUAAGACAUGCUCAUAUCAAAACUGAUAACCGUCAUGGAGGUAGAAUAAGAGUAAGGAAUAUAGUUUGAAAUUGCGUGUGGCACCACCCUUUCGACUGUCUUUUCCAGCUUCUCCGAGAAAUUGUUUGUUCCAAUGAUGUGCUCGAAAACGCUUGUCGAGGGGCUGGAUGUACGAUGCAAAAAUUAACACGCAGCAAGUCAAUGGCAUUUAUUAAACAAAUAUGUAUUAAUAUUGUAUAUACAUUUAAUCAGUCUCAAUGGUAGGAGUCAAAUUCUUUUACUAUUGCUACAUGUAAACCCAUUCAUAACCAAAGUAGACCGCCUCUGAUUGUCUGUUGAUAACAGACCGCUCCCGAUCUAGUACGGAAAGAGUCAUAAAUGGCUCUUGCGUGGAGCUCUUCUGCCGGCGUUUCUUUAACAUUGGUUAAAUGAAGCAUGAAGCAUGCUCUCUCCUGUCAUCUUACGUCCUUGAUAACUGUGAACUAACUAGCAUUGAUGCCAAAUUCAAAAUUGCCAACACAAAAAUUUACUUCUAUUAUUAAUAGUCACCCGGUACUCAUAUGUAGCACGAAAUAAUUGUAUAAACAGUAAAAAGACCAUAGUGAUUUACAA